ACGGAAUAUUUUAAUGAAACCAAAGGAACCCCAAAGGAUUAAAGAAAGCUCGCAUAUCAGUUUGUGUGUAAAUUGAAACAUUUCUCCGGUUUUAAUGGAUCAGUAAGAUCAUUUCCCGGUAUCAUUUGCAGCACAGUGUGGGUAAGCAGUCUCCGUCUUCAAGUACCUUAUAUUCUCUUUUUCACGGUCGUCACAGUUCCUCAGAUCGAGCAGUUAAUCGCGACAAAUAAUGGCCGAAUGCAGUACAAUACCCGUCCAGGAUAAUCAUCAAUUAUUAGUCAAGAUUUGCCAUCCGUGGACGUGGCGAAUCGCUAAUGUUUUCAUGGCCGUGUUUUUUUCUUUAGCUGCUUAUGUUCAGACGAACGAUCCUGAUCCUGUAAUAUGGGUGUUGAUGUAUGCUAUUCCUUCUUCACUAUGCGUCACUUUAGCUAUUGAUUCAUCAUUACAAGAUCACCUCUUGUGGAAGCUGACAGCUGUCACUCAUGUUGGUGUCUGCAUUUUGGGUGUGUUUUACUCAAUAACUGUCUUGAUUAGAGCUGAGAUCAGUUCUAAAAAUCUGCUGAAUUAUGAAGAAGGAAGGUGAGUACUGUACUGUCUCAAUUAGUAUAAUUUGAAUGAAGAAAAUUCAAUUUUUUGCAUGUCAAUAAAUCUCAAUCAACAGUUAACAAAUUUGUGCAAGUUGAAAACAAUUAAUUUUUACAGAUUUGUGCAAGUGCUAUUUGAAUGUCACAUUUGGAAACUGAAGCUAAUUGUUUUCACUUUAUACUGGUAGUUAAUUUAGUUUAGGUUUCUCAUGAUUUAUGAUGUUCCGUCUAUCAUCAUCAUGAUCAUUGUCGUUGUCAUCAUCAGUCCUUGUCAUGCCAUUAGACAUAUUGAACACUUUAAUUGCCAAUCAUCAAUAUGAUUGUUUUCUCAAUAUUGUUUCAUAUCAUCUCUUAAAAUAGUUUCUCUAUUACGUUUUAAAUUUCAGAGUUUCCAUAGGGAGCAAUUUCAAUUUUUUUUUUAUUGGACUAGGGGUUGUUUUUUAUCUUGAUAUUUCAACCAAGUCACCUUAAUUCCACUAAUUGAUCAUUAUGAUUCUACAUUUAUCAUUUCAUCAUGUGU